CUUCAACAGGGUCAAGGGCCACCAGGCUUCUCCACCUCACGUCCCUUCACCCUCGAUACUGUUUAUGACAACACAGCCUCAAGCACUACCCAUCAUGUUACAGGUAAUUUUGGCUUAGACCCUUAUUCCCUUCCCCGUGUAGAUACAGUGUCUGCCAGUUUACGUCAGCACAUAGUGGAAGGUAGAGAUGUCAACCUAGCACUGCUACUAGUUCCAGAUGAUAUACCCACUAACCCUCGUACCAUUGAACUGGGGAAUGGUGAAUUACGACUAAACCCAGCCGGAGAUCCCAGACUACAGAAAACCCUCAGUCUCAAACACUUCAUCACUGCUUUCAAUCGCUACAAGAGAAUUAUGUUGACCCGAUGGCCUCAGAGAAGUGUAGAAUUGGACAGAUAUCUUGAUCUUAUUUUGAGCCUUAGCAACGAAGGUGACGAAAGUGAUUUCUACACCUACCAUAAGAUGUUUUCAGCCAAAGCCGCUUCAGCUCUUGUGCAGUCCAAUGUCAAAGUAGAUUGGAGCAAGUUGGAUCAAGAGUUAUACCUAAGAGUUUUCAAUUCUGACAAGAACAAUAGGUGUCAACACUGUCAUGGAAUCACCCACCCCACAGAAUUCUGCCCUUUAGCCAUCCACCAGGCUAGUGCCAACAGACGAGAUAAGAAUCUCCCACAUAUGUUCAAUCGUAGCCAAGCCCGACCUCGAAACCAAGAUGCUCAAGGUCGUCAAAUCGUGUUUCAUGAAGUGUGCAAUAAUUUCAACUACGAAUCAGGACGCAAGAAGUCGGCAGCUGUCGACACUCUUCUGCAACAGGAACGAGACAGGGGCUAUCUCAUUGGUCCGUUUUAUAUAUCACCCUUCCCAAUUCACCGCAUCAACCCCAUUGGACUGGUCGAAGGAAAGUAUUCCAGAAAGCAGAGACUGAUUGUGGAUAUGUCGGCUCCUCACGACGAUUGUGUGAAUCCCAGCCUCAAUUCCUUGAUCGACAAGGACAAGUAUUCCUUGUCAAAUGUGACAGUGGAUGAUGCCAUCAAUGUCAUCAAAGAACUUGGGCCAGGAUCUGUUAUGUGCUCUCUCACGAUUGCAGAUAGCCAGAUUUCGUCACCUAGCACCAGAUGCAGAGUGUCACCCAACCCCGUGUCCUCAGCUGACAGACAUGAUGUACCCGUAACCCAUGGAGGAACUAUCGAGGCAGACAUCGAGCUUUUGUGGUCAUCAGCUGUGUCUACCAGAACAUAUCAGGUCUACCAAUCAGGAGUUAACGCAUUUCUCACCUUCAUGACUAUGCAGGGGUUCGUGUGGACUACUACUUUACCUCCUAUCUCGGAAGACAUUCUCAUUAGAUUUGUGGCACACUGUUACCGUAGAUUGUUGCUGCGAUAUUCUGCCAUUAAAUCAUACCUGUGUGGCAUUCGGUUUAGGUAUUUACAAGUGGGUUUACCUUACCCUUGGACAUCCGGUUCUUUAAUUCGGUUGCAAACUAUUGUGCAGGGGGUUAAAAAAAAUCAAGGGCUGAUCUCGGCUUCAUUCACCUUGCUGUUGGCAGCGUCAAAGACAGAUCCAUUCCGGAAAGGAGUCACCAUCACCUAUACAGCCACGGGCAAUUGUGUAUGCCCUGUAGCUAGUAUGCAAGCCUACCUCGUUCAACGCCAUCGCUAUGCCGUGCAUAAAGCGGAUCCUUUAUUUGUUACGGUAGAUGGCAAGGUAUUAUUCAGGACAUAUUUCAUCGUGCAACUUAAGAAACUAUUAAGACUGUGUGGUUAUGAUGACAAUGCCUAUCAGGGUCAUUCCUUUCGAAUAGGAGCCGCUACAUCAGCAGCCAGUGCUAAAGUACCAGAUCACCUCAUACAAGUCCUUGGUCGGUGGUCAUCUUCUUGUUACACCAGAUAUAUACGUACACCUCAAGAUGUUUUGUGGCGUGCUCAAAAAGAUAUGGCUUAUCUUUGUUAACAUUGGCUAUAAUACCCUUCUCCACAUCGCCCAGUGUAUAUAUUCAUGUUAGAAUUUAUCUGUAAACCUUUUCUUCAAGUGUAAUGUAUUAUCAUGAUUAUUUAGCAUAUUUCUUGAUUUCAAUACACAUGUUAG